CCACGCCUCCCCGGGUGGACCACGCGUGUCUCGUCUCAUCCGCAGAGAGGUUCCGAGGAGACACAGUUCGUCGUAAUCGUGACUUCAUGACGACAAGUAAACAAACGACAAAUGAAUGACGCGCUGGGACGGCCAGUGGGCCAGUCGGGUCGAGAACGCGUGUAGGAAUCCAUUGAGGGCGGCUGGGCUGGCGAGCGAGGAUCACACCACGGGAAUUCUCGUCCCUUCCGAGUGACUCAUUCCUACAUUCCCCUAAUAAAGUGGUCUUAACACAUCUCUUGUCUUCAUGACCGCGGUUCAUCACGGACACAAUGUUCAGCAGGGACUCACAACAAAACCGAUACUUUCGAAUGGUUCAUGGAGCAUUCGAAUCUGGCUGGAGAGAAGCCAAUAGGAUUCUCAGAGACGUCAAGACGAUUCCCUUUGGUUGGCAACAGCGAAAACCACAGAAAUGCUCUGUAAUUAUCAUUGGAGCGGGAAUGGCAGGCCUUGGUGCUGCUAGAGAGCUGCUUGCUGCCGGUGUUCCCGAUGUUCUUAUUCUGGAAGCCCAAGAAAAGGCAGGAGGCCGAGUUUGCACUUUGCCUGUGGAAGCCGGUCACAUUGAAUUAGGUGCCCAAUGGAUUCACGGGGAAGACAAUCCAAUUUAUCAAGCUGCUCACAAGCAUAACCUUCUGUCAAACACAACUUCUGUGGAAGGUUUAGGACCAUACUUAAAGAUUGAUGGGACUGAAUUGUGCAGCUCAUUAGUUGCUCAUGUCAGUCAUAAGAUAUCUUGCAUCCUGGAAGAUUGUGAAGAAUUUGUGAACUGCAAUGAAAAUUACCCACCAUCUGUCGGUCAAUAUCUAAGAGACCGCUUCCAAGAAUAUAUAGACUGUUGUGUUAAUGAUUCACCAGAGGAUAAAAUACUUAAGUGGGAAUUAUUUAAUUGGCAUUUGAGGUUUCAGGAAAUUGAUAAUUCUUGCACAAACCUGGGAUCUUUGUCAGCAAAAGACUGGGGAAAAUACAAGUUUACUGGUGGAGAAGAUUGCAUAAACUUGUCAGAAGGAUAUUCUUCUGUCAUUGAUGUUCUUAUUCAAGAUCUACCUGAAAAAAUUAUUCAUUUUAAUUCUCCUGUUAAAUCAGUGGUGUGGAAUGAAAAUUUACCAUCAAAAUCUGCUGGAAAUGAAUGUUCAGUGUUUCCAGUAACAGUGAUUUGUGAGGAUGGGUCUGCUGUUUGUGCGUCACAUGUAAUUGUCACAUGUUCCAUUGGUUUUUUGAAAGCUAAUCACCAGAACAUGUUUAAGCCAUCUCUCCCAAGUUCUCUAACAUCUGUAAUUGAAGCAUUAGGAUUUGGAGUUGUUGACAAAAUUUUUCUAUUUUAUGAUGAACCUUGGUGGGAUAGCAAACAACAGGCUUUUCAAAUUGUCAGAACUGUUCCAGACAAAACUGACAGUGAGCCCAAGGAGGCUGACUGGUGGUUAAAUGACUUCACUGGUUUUGAUGUUCUCUCCCACAAACCAGCAAUUCUCCUUGCAUGGGUUGGUGGAAAUGGUGCUGUGCAUAUGGAAGGCCUGGAUGAAGAUGUCGUUGGAGAACAUUGCACAAAUUUACUGAGGAAGUGUGUCAAAAAUCCUGAAACGCCACUGCCAAAAUAUAUAAAAAGAUCCACUUGGUUCAGUAACCCCUAUAUACGAGGUGGUUAUAGCCACACAACAUCAACCUGUGAUAAAAUUGGAUGUGGCCCAAAAGACUUAACUGUACCAGUUUACUGCAACAUAGAAAAUUCAGAAAAACACCCAGUAAUUUUACUAGCAGGGGAAGCAGCCCAUGAAUCACACUUUUCAACAACUCAUGGAGCUUUUGAAUCAGGGCAGGCUCAAGCAAGAAAAUUAGUGAACUAUUUAAAAGAAAAUGAAAAUAAGUUCACCUGCUAAAGUGUUUCGCUCCGCUCACAACAACAAAAAUUGAAACCUCUGUCGUGGUCCCUGCGAACUUUUCCUGCAACUAAUUGUCUCGACUGCAGACCCUGUCAUGGCCAUGGCUGUAACACAUAGUUUUUUUGCUAUAAAUUUUACACUGUGUGAGUUACUACUGUACUUGAAUAUUUUAAACUAUUUGAAGCAUGAAAUUUCCAUAUAAAUACUGUUUUGCACAUUGUGAUUAAUAAUUUUAAAGUGAAUUUUACCAUCUUUAUCCAGUCAAAAUUUUGAUCAUUCUAUCAUUCUGGAAUGCCCUACUUUGCACCAAAAUAUUGAACAGUCUGCUGUGAUAUUGAUUUCAUACUGUCAAUUGUAACGGAUCAAAUAAAUAAUAAUUUGGAAGAAAAAUUUUA